GGCUGCCAGCAUCGACGCCGCAGCGGCAUGUCGCCGUGGAGUGGCCGCGCCAACUCGCGGUGCCAGGCUCUGCCAGCGCCAGGCCAUGCCCUGGCUCACGCCCUGUGAAGCAGCGCUACUCGUGCAGCGUGGUCUCCCGCGCUUGGUUCGCAGAGCUCAGCCCCGCCCACGCGAUGGCGGGCGAGCAGCAGCUCCAAACUCUCAAGACAGUUCGGCGCGCGAGGCACGUCGACUGGAACACGUCGAAGCCCUCGCAGGGGAACAUCGGUAAACGCGAGCAGGAGAGCAUCUGCCUGGUCUGUUCAGAGCACGGCGACCCGAUCAGGCCUUUCGAGUUUGAGGCGACUCGGAACCAGCACUCGAAGGACAGGAGCUUGCCAUACACAGCGACGGCGAUGUUCAAGGACCCGCCGCAGGACAUGGAUGCGGAGGCAUGGCGGAUUUCACGUGCAGCUGUAACAGGUAAGGAGCUGUUGCCAGAGGUCGCGCACCAGCGCGCGAUGGACAGCUGGGCGCGGCUCGGCGGCGCGCCGGGCUCUGCCGGCGCAUCUGCCUCGCAGGGCGCGUUGGCUGACGCGGUGGCCGCGCGGGGUGCCCAGGCCGCGCCGCAGGGGCCUGGGGAAGAGGGCGCGGGCGCGUGCGGCCCUGCCGGCAAGCCGGCGGCACUUCGGGCGGCUGCUCCAGGCUUUGCCAGCCCAGCCCGGGGCGCAAGGACAGCGCCGCCGCCGCGUCCGCUGCAUCCGUGGAGGGUCGCGCCGCCGCCGGUUUCGCAGUCUAUGAGCUGUGCCCGCGACGGGGGUGGCGGCGCCGUCGGCCCCGUCGGCUCCGUCGGCUGCGGCUUCGGCUCCGUCGGCUCCGGGGGCGCCGACGCGGAGUCGGUCUCGAAGAAGACUGAGAUCAGGGAGCCGGCGGCGGAGGCCGCGCGGGGCGCGCUCGCCCCGCCGCGAGGGCCUGCAGAAGAG